UCACGUGACGCCGAGCGCUCGCUCAAAAAUCUCAGCGACAUUCAGGCGACACUCGGGCGCGCAUCAUCAUCAUCAUCGCUCGUGGUAAACCGGCGGCGGAGGCGGAGGCGGCACGCGAGCUUUCGUCCACCUUUCGAGCGAAACAUCCGGGUGUCGCGCGCGUCCGCGCUCGCGUAAUGCGCAGUCGCGGCGCUGCAGCCGUUCCGGCGAUUUGAGGAGGUGGUAGUGGUGAAGGAGGAGGGCGGAGAGACCGGAGGGACCGGAGAGACCGGAGAGUGCCAGAGACACCGAGACGCAGCGGGACGUUGAUUUUGGGCAAAGCUUCAUACACUUGGAAGCACUGGAAGAAAAAAAAAAUAAGAGAAAAGAAAGGGGAGAAAAAAAAACCGCGCAUCCUGGUUCGCAUGCAGGCUGAAGACAUGGACGCGGAGGAGACGGUGGACACGCGCGUCCUGAGAUGCCAUAAAUAAGAACAGCGAUGCGAGCUCGAGCGGCUUCCCCUCCUUCCCACCUCCCCCAUCUCUCCCCCUGAACCGUUGAUAUCUCGUCUCAGGUGCCUGGUCCUUCUUGACGCAGUGUGUGUGCGCGCGAGCGCGCGCGCGGGUGCGUGUGUGUUUGCGGGUGCGUGUGUGCAUUUGCGCGCGUGUGUGUGUGUGCGCGCGCGCUUGAACUCGGGAGGGGGGUGAAGGUGGAGGAAAGCGGAAAUGAAGAAGUUUAAUAUUCGAAAGGUGCUGGACGGCUUGACGGCGGUUUCCUCACCUUCUGCGUUGUCGCAUUUGGGGCCAGGGGCCAAGGAGAACGACUUCAUCCUGCCGGAGACGCUCCAGUCCGAGCACUUCCAGCUCUGCAAGACUGUUCGCCAUGGGUUUCCAUACCAGCCAUCUUCCAUGGCCUUUGACCCGGUCCAGAAAAUACUUGCCAUCGGGACCCAGAGCGGAGACUUGCGGUUAUUCGGUCGUCCCGGUGUGGAAUGUUACUCUCAGCAUGAGAGCGGAGCAGCCGUCAUCCAGCUACAGUUCCUCAUCAACGAAGGGGCGUUAGUGAGCGCUUUAGCUGACGACAGCAUUCACUUAUGGAACCUCCGUCAGAAGAGACCAGCCGUGCUGCACUCGCUCAAGUUCAACCGGGAGAGGAUAACGUUUUGUCACCUGCCUUUCCAAAGUAAGUGGUUGUACGUCGGCACAGAACGAGGAAACAUCCACAUCGUAAAUGUGGAGUCCUUCACGCUCUCAGGAUACACCAUCAUGUGGAACAAAGCCAUUGAACUGUCCUCCAAGGCCCACCCUGGUCCUGUAGUCCAUAUAAGUGAUAAUCCCAUGGAUGAAGGCAAGCUCAUAAUAGGAUUCGAGUCUGGCAUCGUGGUGCUGUGGGACUUGAAGUCGAAGAAGGCCGACUACCGCUAUACUUAUGACGAGGCGAUCCAUUCUGUGGCCUGGCACCAUGAAGGGAAGCAGUUCAUCUGCAGUCACUCAGACGGCACACUGACCAUAUGGAAUAUAAAGUCCCCAGCCAAGCCUGUACAGACAAUCACCCCACAUGGAAAACAGCCCAAGGAUGGAAAGAAGCCAGAGCCAUGUAAACCCAUUCUCAAAGUAGAGUACAAGACAACAAGGGCAGGAGAUCCCUUUAUGAUCCUGUCCGGUGGUCUAUCGUACGACACUGUGGGUCGGCGGCCAUGUUUGACUGUUAUGCAUGGGAAGAGCACGGCAGUGCUGGAGAUGGAUUAUCCUAUCGUAGACUUCCUCACGCUGUGUGAAACGCCAUAUCCUAACGAUUUUCAGGAACCUUAUGCUGUAGUGGCCCUUCUAGAAAAGGAUUUAGUUGUUAUUGACCUCGCACAAAAUGGUUAUCCCAUCUUCGAAAACCCUUACCCCAUGACGAUUCACGAGUCUCCAGUGACGUGUUGCGAAUACGUGGCCGACUGUCCCGUGGACCUCGUUCCUGCACUUUAUUCGGUCGGCUCACGCCAGAAACGUCAGGGCUACAGCAAAAAGGAGUGGCCUAUAAGUGGUGGAAACUGGGGCCAGGGCACUCAAAGCUAUCCAGAAAUCAUAAUAACUGGGCACGCUGAUGGUUCUGUGAAGUUUUGGGAUGCCUCUGCAAUAAUGCUCCAGGUUUUGUAUAAGCUGAAGACGGUGAAGGUGUUUGAGAAGGUUCGUGGUAAGGAGGAGAAGACCUACACUGAGAUCGUAGACGAGGAUCCUUUCGCUAUCCAGCUCAUGGCCUGGUGUCCAGACAGCCGGAUGCUGUGCGUCGCUGGAGUGUCUGCUCACGUCGUCAUCUACAGGUUCAGCAAACAGGAGGUCAUGACUGAGGUCAUACAGCUCUUGGAGGUCCGAUUGCAGUACGACUCGAACGACCUCGAGUCACCGGAAGGGGAUCAGACGCCGGCUCUUCUGACUCCGAACACGUCGCCGAGUCCUCAGAACGCCGCGCCGCACACACACACCUCCACCAGCAGCAACUCGUCAGAUGGCAUGAGAGAUAACGUACCCUGUCUCAAGGUACGCAGCAGUCCUCUGAAACAGUUUCCUGGAUAUCAGGUUGAGUUGGUGGUGCAGUUGGUUUGGGUCAGCGGAGAGCCGCCGCAGCAGAUCAGCAGUCUGGCCAUCAACUCUUCAUACGGCAUCGUGGUCUUUGGCAAUACUAAUGGCCUGGUUGUGGUAGAUUACCUCCAGAAGGCUGUUCUGCUGAACCUGAGCACCAUAGACCUGUACGGCUCCAGCGACCCGUACCAGAGACAGCCACGGUCGCCCCGCAAGAGCAGGCAGCUGUCCGGAGGGCUUUGUGACAUUAACGAAGGCUCAGCCACGAGUGAGGAUCGCUGCAAAUCGCCCACCUCAGUGUUGACGUCUAACCAUCAGCAAUUCUACAACGGCGCCGGUAGAGGAGCAAAGAUGUCGCGGAAAUUGAGCUUGCCUACUGAGCUAAAGCCAGACUUGGUCUUACUCUCCGUAUGUCCUCCACGAGGCGGCGGUCCGCUAGACACCAGGGACAACUCGUUUAGCCGUUCUCGCAGCUCCAGCGUGACCAGCAUCGACAAGGAGGCACGGGAAGCCAUCACAUCAUUCUACUUCUCCCAGACGUACACACGCAAAACGGACAGCUCUCUGAGCCCUGCCCUGUGGGUGGGCACCUCACUGGGUUCCGUCCUUGCUAUCAACAUAAACAUGCCUCCACCGGGAGAGCAACGCCUGCUGCAGCCGGUCAUCGUCUCCCCCAGUGGUACGUCUAUUAGACUUAAAGGAAGCAUCACCCGGCUGGCCUUCCUGGAUGGUUCAGGCACUCUGCUUUCGCCUCCCUCUGAGCUGUGGUAUGAGGCAACCGCUGACAGCGAGGAGAGGGAGAAGGCAAGGAGGAGGAGGCCGGUGUCCGUGUCGCCCUCGACCACCUCACAGGACUUGAGUGAGAACCAGUACAUGGUGGUGUGCUCAGAGAAACAGGCCAAAGUGAUUUCGUUGCCUUCCCAAACCUGCAUCUUCAAGCACAACAUCACCGAGACGUCGUUUGUGCUGAGGGCAGACGUGGUGCAAGCUGGCCCGGGAAUCUGUGUGGCUUGCUUCUGUGCUAAUGGACACAUCAUGACCCUCAGCUUGCCAGGGCUCAGACCAUUACUGGAUGUUAACUACCUGCCUCUCACAGACAUGAGGAUAGCCAGGACGUUCUGCUUUACCAACCUGGGCCAGGCCAUGUACCUGACCUCCCCUACCGAGAUCCAGAGGAUAACCUACAGCCAGGAGGUCUGCGAGAACUUGCAGGAGAUGCUUAGCGAGCUCUUCACUCCCGUCGAGACACCAGAGGCUCCAAACAGGGGAUUCUUUAAAGGCCUUUUUGGAGGAGGGGCACAGUCACUGGAUCGAGCAGAACUCUUUGGGGAGUCUGGGGCAGGUAAGCCAUCCCGGAGUCUUGCCCAACACAUCCCUGGACCAGGGGGCAUCGAGGGCAUGAAGGGAGCAGCAGCGGGCAUCGUGGGCGACCUGGCUCGUGCAAGGAUAGCGCUGGAUGAAAGGGGGCAAAAACUAAGCGAGGCGGAAGAGCGGACGGCAGCCAUGAUGGCUAGCGCAGACUCGUUUACCAAGCAUGCCCAUGAGAUGAUGCUAAAGUGUAAGGAUAAGAAGUGGUACCAGUUCUAAUCAGCACACCAGCCAGUUACACGAAGGGACUCGACUGACUUCCUUGGGGGGGGGCAUCAUCGGUUCCCUCAUCCUUCCCUCCGUCUUGUCCUCCAUCUAUUUUCUUCUGGACGGGAUUUGUCUUUAUAUUCUGGCACAAUGUUAAAUUUACAGUGUGUGGACCUCAUUUCUGCUGUUGGAAUCAGUGUGUGUGUGUGUAUGCCAAUGUUUGUCUUUUUUUUUAUUUAGCAUUUGUCUAGUUAUUAUUGCCCCACCCCCUUUGAAAGCCUUGGAAUUCAUUUCCUCAUAUACUCGUGCUGUGGUUUCUUCCUUCCUGAAGAAAACCAGAAGCUAAAACUAAACAUUUAAUGUGGAAAAAAAUCUGUUGGAAAAAAAAAUACAAAAAGGAAAAAUUCUAUAAAUAUAAAUCCGAUAUAAGUCUCUAUAUAAAAACUUUAAAAAAUAAGUGUGUUCAUUCGGACAACGAGGGGAGCACGCAUCUGGAGGAUGGGGGAGGGUGGAGGUUUGAGAAGCAGUCGUUCACAGGAAGUGAUGUCACUGUCAUGGAAGAGACGGACCUGAUGACCCUGAGAGUUAGCCUUACUUUUUGCCUUUUUUUUUUUUUUUUUUUUUACGUACUACUUUUUUUUUUAUAAUUGAUCAAUAAUUUUAUUUCAUUUAACAAAAAACGAAAAAUUAUUUAGCCUUUAAUUUUAAUAUUAAUAAUAAUAAUAAUAAUAAUAAUAAUAAUCCAGACCUGUUUGAGUUUUUUUUUAUUGAACAUUUUUUAUUGAUAUAUUGAUUGGAAUUAGUUCGACGUUUCUCAGCACAAUAACGUUUUUCAUGAAGGUUUUUCAUUUUUUGACAAACGAUAAACUAGGACGGCGUUUUAGUGCCACGUAAAAAAAAUUGAAUUAAAAUAACGAGACAUGAUUACGAGUCAAAAUAUUCUGAGAAUAAAGUUGAAAUUCCGAGAAUAAUAAUGGACUUUUUUCUCGCAUAGCUACGAUUUUAUUCUUGUAAUUUCAACUUUAUUUUCAUAAUUUUGACUUUUUUUCUCAAAAUAUUACGACUUUAUUUUCAUAUUGUUACAACUUUAUUCUUGUAAUUUCAACUUUUACUUUUUUUCUUAAAAUAUUCAGACUAUAUUCUUGUAUUCCGUCGACUUUAUUCUCAGAAUUCUGACUUUAUUCUCAUACUGCUACGACUUGAUUUGUAUAAUUUCUUGUAAUUUUGACUUUUUUCUCAAAAUAUUACGACUUUAAUCCCAUGUGCUGCAAUUUUAUUCUUGUAAUUUCGACUUUAAAGUCGUAGUAGUACGAAAUUUAUAUAUAUUUUUUUCAACGUGGCACUAAAACGCCGUCGUGAUAAACCUAAUCGAUUGAAUAAAAAAAAUAAUAAAAAAAGAUUUUUUCAGAUGGUACUUUGAUGGGAGCCGGGCUGGAUGGAGAAUUUCAAAAUCUUCGUUGAGAUGUUUAUCGUAUAUCAUUUAAUAGGCAUCAGGUGACUCUUUUUCAGAGUGAAUAAUCCUUUUAUAUAUUAAUCAUUAUAUGUUAUUUUAAUUUUAAUUUUCAGCAAUUGCACUCUGUAUAAUUUUUUAUCUCAAUUAGUAUUGAAUUUUUUUUUUUUUUCUUUUUGAGAAAGAAAAAAAGACGAGCACUUAAACUACAUUAAAUGUUGAUAUCGCAGGUCUGAGUGUUAGGGAAAAAAAAAAUUCAAGAUAUCAGUCAACCAGGCAUACGUGUACACACACUUCCUGUUCAGGAGGUUUAUAAGGUGCUGGAAUUAAACCAGUUACACUUUUUUUUUUUUUUUUUGCACCAAAUCCUUCCAUCCGAUUCCUUGAUCUUUUCUCAUCAGGGUCACAGAACGAAUCUAUAAUGUGAGUAAUAAAGCCAUAUUAGCUCGAAUUUUUUAUUUCUUUUUUUUGGGGGGGGGGGGUAUUCAUUGAAAAAAAGAAAGAAACAAACAAAGAAAAGCAAUCCGAUCUCCGCUGUAAUUUGCAGUCUGAUCUUAACUAUAUAGAGUCUAAUCUAAUGAUCGAUCAUACGCAAAGGACAUUGCUGCUAUAUACGUUUGUAAAUACAUAAAUACACAUACAGUAUAUACAAGAUUUCGUUGGGGUUUUUUUUGGUUUUGUUGUCAAGUCUGGAGGAUCUCUUCUCGUCUCUCCGUCUCGUCUCGUGUCUCGUCUCGUCUCGUCUCGUCUCAUGUCUUGUCUCGCUCUUCCCAAGUUUCGCCAUUAUGUAAAUAAUUGAAAGUCUGACAAUCUGGGACCACAAAUCAUAGAGCGAGAGAGGAUGAAAAUCGGUGUCACUCAACCUGUACUUCAUAUGUGAAAUGCCAAAGAUUUACUUUUAUUUCAUUUUCAGUUUUUUUUUUGUGGUUCUGAUCUGAUGUCGUCAUUUUUUUUUUUUUUGAGCAUCCCAAUCCACAUUUACCCUCAUACAAUGAGCUCCACUCUUCUGGGAAGAUGUUCCACUAGAUUUUCUGGAGAUUUGUGAGAUUUUAUUCAGCCACAAGGGCGUUAGGAAAGCCAGGUACUAGUGUUUAAAGGGUUUGAGCUCUAUAGCAAACAAGCCACUCAAGAUCUUCCACGUACGUCAAUCAUAUCUUCAUGGAGCUGCGCACUUUGUGUCCUGCUGGAACAGGUUUUGGGUCUCCUAGUUCAAGUGAUGGGACAAUUUCUGGAUGUGCUACCAAAUCCUGAGGCAUCCUAUAGUAUAUGGUGUGCCUCCAGUUUUGUGGGAACAUUUUGGCAAAGAAGCACAUGUGGCUGGAAACGUCUGGUUUCUCUAAUACUUUUGGUCCAUCUAGUGUAAUGUAUUGGUAAAUUGUACAGUAUUUGAUGCCAUGUUGUUUGUGGGAUUCUUGUGCAUUUGUGUAUAGUUUAUGGUACCAUUAACAUGUCCUUUGCAAUCUUUUUUGUUUUGUUUGUACACCUCAUUCAUUAAUUAUUUAUUGAUUUUUUUAUUUUACUUUUUUUAAGUUGUGUCUUUAAGGAAACUGUUUGUUUAAGAGAUAAUUGUGUGUAUAUGUUCCAGUUUGAUGAAAAAAAACAAAAAGAUGAUGGGAAACCAUUGUGUAUAAUCUGCUGAUAUUAUUUCAAGACUUCGCAAAAGAACAAUUGACCUUUUUCCAAGAAAAGAAAAAAAAAGUUCGACGAAGUCGGCAUUAUUAUGGAUUGGCAGAAUUUGGGAACCUUGCUACAGGUUCCCACUAUCAUUGUGUUUCAAAAUGUUCAGUAACAGUACGUGCAGUGUGUGAGCCACUCUCAGGCACUCUUACCCUCUAAAGCCUUUUUUUCCUCAGGCUGCACCUCCAUCACUCCAUCGCUUCGCUUUCCCUGAUUCUGUCCGGUGUCGAUUGUUUGCCCUUGAGAAAAAAAUCUGCUAAAAGAAAAACAAAAAGUCUGAUAUACUUCCUGUGUUCUUCCUCAUUUUUUUUUACCCCAAAACUCAUUAUAUCUUAAAAAUAGUAAACUUCUGUUCUGAAGUAGAUCUUCUUCUUCUCGCGAUCUCGCCGUCCCUCGUCCUUGAUAUAAUCGCAGUAAUCGUUGGAUUGCAGUAUUUUUCUCAUCGUAGCCAUUUUUCUUGUACAGUUUUAUGCAAACUUCACAUGGAUGUCUGUGAAUAUCUGCUGCCACAACAACAAAAAAAAGAGUUAGAAUUUCUGUAGAUAGAAAUUACUGUGCAAUGGAGAUAAAUAAAAACGAAUUCAACCCA